CUGACCCGAGGAGACGUGUAUAUAAACCCCCUUGACUCAGCCCACAUCCCACAGUAUCCCGAGUCAACCCUCACAGACAACAACAUGCAGCAGAUAGUCCUCCUCGCUUGCCUGGCCGCCGUCGCCGUCGCUGCCCCUCAGCAGUUUGUAAACGACUUCGACCAACCAGAGAUCCGUCGCCCUAUCGCCAUCUUGAGGGACGAACGCACUGACAACGGUGACGGCAACUUUAACUACCUGUUCGAGGCUGAGAAUGGCAUCUUUAUGAACGCCGUCGGCACCCCAGGCUCCAAGGGCCAGAGCAACAUUCAGGGCUCCUACAGGUUCCCCCUCCCUGACGGCACCAUCGCUGAGGUCCGCUAUUUUGCUGACGAGAACGGCUACGUUGCUGAGUCCCCCCUCAUCCCCACCCCUCACCCCCUCCCCGCCCACGCCAUCGAGCAGAUCCGCAUCGCCGAGGAGCAGCGCGCCCAGGGCAUCACCUUCCAGUAAGACGACGUUCUUGAGAUGACAAUGAAGCAAUACGAGUGUCGACUUGAUCUUCGAAUCCUUACCAUAUUCUACAAAGAGCUUACCUAGUUCCUAGCUCUCUUUCUCUCUUUCUCUCUCGAUCUUUUUAUUCUAAUUACUUGACAGGAUAGUUUUAUCUCCAACUGGAGCUUCGACUUCAUUGAUACCUAGGAGAUCAAAUUCCCUCCUGAAGCAUCGAACUUAUUUUUCUGUUGCCUGACCUGUUGCCCAACCUGUUCCAGCUCCAAGCUAUAAGUUCCAACUCAUUGUGUUAUCUUUAUAUAACACCAAGUGAGUAACAGCUCCAGAAGGGUGAUGAGAAGUUAAGAAAACAAGAGAGAAAACGCGUCUUUUUUCUAUACGUGUGAGUGAAUGAACCCUUACUGUACCGACUUCCAACUGGAGCUUCGAAACUUUUAACUUGUUUGAAUUAAUUUUUUUUUUGUGAAUUAUUGUGAUAUUUUCUGAUGGAAUGUUCACAAGUAAAUAAAAUAAACUGAGAUCGAUUGUU